UUUCUUCACUCAUUCGUAAAUUAUAUUUCCUCAUAAAACGUCAAAGUUAACAAAGUCCGCAGCCACAAAAACAAAACAAAAAACCCGCUAACCGUUCCACACAAAAAUAAAAAAAUAUGUCACGAAUCAAAGACGACCACACAAAUUUCUCAUCCACUCCAACAUCCAAAAAGCUAAGAUUUCGACCAGAAAUUAAUUUACAAAAUCGCAUCGAUGAAAUAUUCGACGACGUUAGCGAGCGAAGAAAACUAAAGACUACUCCUCCUUCUGACGAAAAUGUCGAUGAAGUGCAAAACAAAUACAAAGGAACACCAUCGUUCAUAGAUUUCGUUAAAGUAGAAAUGACACGAGGUUACAUAUUAGAGCACGACGAGGAGCGCUAUUCUGCGCGACGCCAGAAAAUAUACUCAUUCAUGAAGAUACCCCGUGAAGUGGAAAAGUUCAUGGGCUAUGGAGUGAUUCAGUGUGCCGAUUCCUUCCUCUAUAUUCACACAUUUCUCCCGAUACGUUUCUUCCUGGCUGUUUGGGCUGUCAUAAGUCGACCAAUAGCCAAUUGCCUCGGACUGCGAAGAAGAACCCAAAAACUACUAACGCCAGCUGAGAUUUGUGACUUGUUGAAAGGUGUCAUCUGGAUUGCGUGUACAUUUCUCAUGCUCUCUGUAGACACAAAUCGCAUCUAUCAUAUUAUUAAAUCACAGAGUAUCAUUAAACUGUACAUUUUUUACAAUAUGCUAGAAGUAGGUGAUCGAUUGCUUUCGGCAUUUGGGCAGGACACUAUAGAUGCCCUCUUUUGGACAGCAACUGAGCCGAAAAACAAGAAACGCGAGCACUUUGGUUUGAUUCCACACAUUAUUUUCGCAUUGAUCUAUGUUGUGCUGCAUAGCUUCUUGAUCAUGUUCCAAGCAACCACACUCAAUGUGGCUGUGAACUCCAAUAACAAAGGACUUCUUACAAUUAUGAUUUCCAACAAUUUUGUAGAAUUGAAAGGGAGUGUAUUUAAGAAGUUCGAUAAGAACAAUCUCUUCCAGCUUACUUGCAGCGAUGUACGUGAACGGUUUCAUCUUUCUGUUCUCCUGUUUAUCGUGGUCAUUCAGACCAUGAAGGAGUUCAAUUGGAGUGCCACGCAAUUCUAUGUCAUGCUACCCGAUUGCAUCUAUGUUCUGGUCACUGAGAUUCUAAUAGAUUGGGUGAAGCAUGCAUUUAUCACUAGAUUUAAUGAACUGCCAGUGGAUGUAUAUCGAGAGUAUACAAUUAGUUUGGCCUACGACAUGACCCAGACGCGUCAAAAACACGCAUUCUCCGAUCACUCUGAUUUAGUGGCUAGAAGAAUGGGAUUCAUUCCCUUUCCUCUGGGAGUUGUUUUAAUUAAAGCUAUUCACAGUGCCGUCUCAUUUGAUAACUGUGCGGCGAUUGUUUUGUUUUUCAUAGCUUAUUUGACAUUGAUGGGUUGUAGAAUACUGAAUACAAUAUGCGCACUGGGAAAAGCUUGUGAGCUGAUGAAGCAGCAUCAAGAGGAGAAAAACAAUUCAACGCCUGGUUCAUCGGUAACUAAUGUAUGCCCAGUGCCAACAGUUCAGAGUCCGACGCGGCCAAAAGCAGCGCCGAUUCCAGUACCAGAGACGACAUCAUCAUCAACAGUUUUAUCUUCAGGAUUAAGUCGUUCACAAUCGCAUAUCAAUGAUGGUCAUUCUAUGGGAGCUACAUCUACUCCCAACAAAUCGGUUAAUGUUGAAGAAUUGGAUUCGCUUUUGGAUGCGAAAAACUCUCUUGAACUUGGAGCAACUGCGUUGUUUUCAAAUAGUGACGUUGACUUGGAUGAUGUUUGUUUAAAUGAGAAAGUCCUCGAAUCAUCGACUGCGGCUGGCAGCGAUGAAGUGUUUGAAGAGGGAAAGGAACUGACUCGUAGUGUUCCAGACUUGCAACAGGAGUCGAGUGGUGUGGGGAGUAAUGUGUCUUCGGAGAGACCAAUUAAAAAGAAAAUCGUGCGAAAGCAUAAGCGUUCCGAAUCAGAGCCAUCAAUGCAGAGCAUUAUGGGAGAGAAGGAAGCGCCAGCGUAAUAGAGAUUACUCAAUUCAAGUUUGUUUUUGCUUUUUGUGGUUUUUAUUUAAAAAAAAAAAACUAUUCCUUUUGUAUGUUUGUUGAAAACGGUUAACGGUUUUGUGGCACUGUCAGCAUUAAUAAACAAAACCUUAUAUUGAUAACAUAUUGUGUUUAAUUGAAAAAAAAAAUAAUAUUUAUAUAAUAAUUAAAAUACAUAAAUGAAUUUUAUGAAUGUUUAUAAUAAAUGGCCUUCUAGCAUUUCUUAAAUUAUGAUCAAUUCUAUUCAAUUUGUAAGCCGUGUUUGAUUGGUACAGGUUAGUAAACAUUUCAAACUCUUAAACAAAAACAAAUAUUUACUUUUAUUUAUUAUUAUGCCUCUUGCUCUCAAAAUAGAGAGCACGAACGAUUCUGUUGGUACUGCCAUUUUGAAAUGAGGGACCUUGAGAGACAUGUAAAGAGCAUGUGCAAAAACAAAAGCAUUCAGUUGGUCUCAGAAAUGGACCAAUACAAAAACGAGAGACUUGCCGCCACCUUCUGAGGCGAACCCAACAGGGGGAUCAUAAAUGUCGCCAAAUUAGUUUUUUUUGAAAAUACCCAUUGUUUUCGAAAAUAAUUAAGACCUAAUUAGAAGAAAUUAAAUCUUGGAAUAACAUACUAUAUUACUUUGAUGGCUUUUUUAUACAUAUACAAAAAGUAAAAAAAUGAAGCAGGUGGCCAUGGCACAGAGGAAUAAGUAGAUGACUUCAGAGCCAGACAUCGUGGGUUCGAGCCCAACGGUCGGCUCAGAAGUUUUUUCUAAAUCGCCAGCUUAACUGAAGCCACCUGUGCGAUAAUAUGAGACAAUUUUCAACUAUGUCUCCUCCUCUGUGCCACGUAGUUCUAUGUUAUAUGUUCUUUCUUUGUGUCUAUCUGUCCUUCUCUUUGUCAUUGUCUGGUGUUGUCUCAGCCAAAUGGCCUCAGUUGCCGCGCUGAUAAGUGUCAGUAGUUCGUACAUUCA